UUCCAUAACAGUCUCAUUAAGUUCUUCUAUUUAUACCUCUGUUUCUUCUUGGUCGCUUACUGGUUACUUACUAGUAAGCCAUUAACAUAGCAAUGUUAUCUUCUUCUUCUUCGUUUUAUUCUGUUCUUCUUGUUUUGUUGUUAUGUUUACACUCCUCUGAUGCCGCGGCCGCCAAGAUUGGCCAGGGCUACCGUUUGGUCUCCAUUGAGGAAACCCCUGAUGGAGGCAUUGUCGGUCUCCUUCAAGUCAAGCAAAAGAACCAAAUCUACGGUUCUGAUAUUACUAAUUUGCAGAUUUAUGUCAAGCAUGAAACUGAAGAUCGUUUGAGGGUACAUAUAACUGAUGCUGAUAAGCAAAGAUGGGAAAUACCGUACAAUUUAUUGCCAAGAGAACAACCACCAGCAAUGAAGCUAACCAUUUCAAAAUCUAGAAAGGACGGUGGUGGCUCAUUGCAAGUCUCGGAUUACUCGAGCAAUGAACUCAUCUUUAGCUACACCGCAGACCCAUUUAGCUUUAUGGUGAAAAGAAAAUCUAAUGGGGAUAUUCUUUUCAACUCAAAGUCUGAUAAAUCAGACCCAUUUGGUGAAAUGGUAUUUAAAGAUCAGUACAUUGAAAUCUCCACAAAGUUACCAAAAGAUGCCUCACUGUACGGUCUAGGAGAGAACACACAACCUCAUGGGAUCAAACUCUAUCCAAAUGAUCCAUACACUCUGUACACAACUGAUGUAUCAGCCAUUAAUCUCAACACUGAUCUUUACGGGUCUCAUCCUGUGUAUAUGGAUCUCAGGAAUGUGGGUGGGCAGCCCAAUGCACAUGCCGUUCUUUUGCUUAACAGUAAUGGCAUGGAUGUCUUCUAUACAGCGACUUCUUUAACAUACAAGAUUAUUGGGGGUGUUUUGGACUUUUACUUCUUUGCAGGGCCAACACCUCUCGCCGUUGUUGAUCAAUAUACCGCCUUUAUUGGCAGACCUGCUCCAAUGCCUUACUGGUCUCUAGGAUUCCACCAAUGCAGAUGGGGUUACCACAACCUGUCUGUUGUUGAAGAUGUUGUUGCAAACUACCAGAAGGCUCAAAUUCCCCUUGAUGUGAUCUGGAAUGAUGAUGAUCACAUGGAUGGGCACAAGGAUUUUACUCUCAACCCUAACAACUACCCUCGUCCAAAGCUUUUGGCAUUCCUGGACAAAAUACACAGCAUGGGCAUGAAGUACAUUGUCAUUAUUGAUCCUGGAAUUGCUGUUAAUUCUAGCUAUGGUGUGUACCAAAGAGCUAUAGCCAAUGAUGUUUUCAUCAAGUAUGAAGGUGAACCCUACUUGGCUCAAGUUUGGCCUGGUGCUGUCAACUUUCCUGACUUCCUCAACCCAAAAACAGUUCAAUGGUGGGGUGAUGAAAUUCGCCGUUUUCAUGAACUUGUCCCCGUGAAUGGCCUAUGGAUUGAUAUGAACGAAGCAUCAAAUUUUUGUUCUGGACUUUGCAAAAUACCAAAGGGCAAGCAAUGUCCAACUGGGAGUGGACCUGGUUGGGUCUGCUGCUUGGACUGCAAAAACAUAACAAAUACAAGAUGGGAUGAUCCACCUUACAAGAUCAAUGCAUCGGGAACUCAAGUGCCUAUAGGAUUCAAAACCAUUGCCACUAGUGCAUAUCACUAUAAUGGUGUUUUGGAGUAUGAUGCACACAGUCUUUAUGGAUUCUCUCAAUCUAUUGCAACUCACCAGGCUCUUCAAGGGCUUGAAGGAAAGCGACCGUUUAUACUAUCACGCUCCACUUUUGUUGGAUCAGGUAAAUAUGCUGCUCAUUGGACAGGCGAUAAUAAGGGCACUUGGGAAGAUUUAAAGUAUUCUAUUUCUACCAUGCUAAAUUUUGGCAUAUUUGGGGUGCCAAUGGUUGGUUCAGAUAUAUGUGGGUUCUAUCCUGCACCCACAGAAGAGCUUUGUAACCGGUGGAUAGAAGUAGGUGCAUUCUACCCCUUCUCAAGGGAUCAUGCAAACUUCUACUCCCCAAGACAGGAGCUUUAUCAGUGGGAAUCAGUUGCGGAAUCUGCCCGAAAUGCUCUGGGUAUGAGGUAUAAACUGCUUCCUCACCUCUACACAUUGAACUUCGAAGCUCAUAGUACCGGAGCCCCGAUUGCCAGGCCACUUUUCUUCACAUUCAGCAAUUACACUGAUUGUUAUGGGUUGAGCACCCAAUUCUUACUUGGAAGCAGUAUCAUGGUGUCUCCAGUUCUUGAGCAGGGGAAAACAAAUGUUAAAGCACUCUUUCCCCCGGGUACUUGGUACAAUUUAUUUGAUAUGUCACAAAUAAUCAUGUCAAAAGAGGGAAAAUAUGUUACACUUGAUGCACCUUUACAUGUGGUUAAUGUGCAUUUGUAUCAGAAUACCAUACUUCCAAUUCAGCAAGGAGGACUGAUUUCUAAGGAAGCUAGAAAGACUCCUUUUACCCUCAUAGUGACCUUCCCAGCAGCAGCGUCUGAUGGUCAAGCCAAAGGGAACCUUUUCCUUGAUGAAGAUGAGCUUCCAGAGAUGAAACUCGGAAAUGGGUACUCUACUUAUGUUGAUUUCUAUGCGACUGUGAGCAAAGGAACCGUGAAGGUUUGGUCUGAAGUUCAGGAAGGCAAGUAUGCUUUAGACCAGGGUUUGAUUGUUGAGAAGAUAACUGUUUUGGGAUUAGAUGGAAGUGCACAGGCAGCUACACUUGAGGUUAAUGGAAACAAAGUAGAUGAUGCGUCGAAAAUACAAAUUAGUGCAGCGGAACAGAAGCACCUGGAUGAGGUGGAAGAUGGAGCACAUAAGCAGAAGACAUUGAUGAUACAGGUUAUCGGUCUUGAAAUUCCUGUAGGUAAAAAUUUUGCUAUGUCCUGGAAAAUGGGGGUCAAAGCUUAAGGGAGUGAAGGUGGUGUGCUAUUAAUUUCACAGUGCUUAAUUAGGUCAUUGUCGGUUUUGUGUCUAAGUAUCAGGGUGGUGGUUGAUGGAAAAGAGACGAGCUCAAAUGAUGCUCUCCAAUAACUUGGAGUGUCUUAAAUUGAUGUUGUAGCUGAAUUGCAGUACUUAAGCCAAUUUCAAGUCGGUUAAAAUUA